UUUCUUUAUAGUUAUAUAAAUAGAGAAUAAAUAAAAUUAGCAGCAGUUCUUUGGUAAAUUCGCUGCAAUGAAUAUUUCAUUUAAGAGUAAACGUAUUUUAAUCACAGGUGCUGGACAAGGUAUCGGCAGAGAAUUAGCUCUGCGCUUGUCAAAGUUCAACGGAACAGUAAUCGCCUUGUCAAAAACAGCGUCCAACUUGGACUCUUUAAAAAAAGAAGAUCCAACAAUUGAGACAGUUGCGGUGGACCUCGCAGACUGGGAAGCGACAAGAAAUGCUGUGAAAAAGGUCUUACCAAUCGACAUGCUCGUCAAUAAUGCAGGAGUAGCUUGUCUUGCGCCAUUUUUGCAGCAAACAGAACAACACUUUGACCUGACGAUGACUAUUAACGUUAAAUCAAUGUUCAAUGUGUCUCAAGUGGUAGCAGAAGACUUGAUCAAGAGGAAAGCCUCUGGAAGUAUUGUUAAUGUUUCUUCUCAAGCGAGCCAUGCUGCUCUUAAAGAUCAUGCAGUUUAUUGCGCGUCUAAAGGAGCUGUUGAUAUGUUGACCAAAACAAUGGCUUUAGAAUUAGGCCCUCACAAUAUUCGUGUAAACGCAGUCAAUCCAACAGUAGUUUUGACAGCGAUGGGAAAAUUAGGAUGGGGAGAUCCAGAAAAAGCUCGCAGUAUGACAGAAAAAAUACCACUAGGACGUUUUGCCGAGGUUGACGAAGUUAUAGACCCAAUUGUUUACCUACUAAGUGAUCGCAGUUCAAUGAUUAACGGCGUUGCAUUGCCCAUCGACGGCGGAUUUCUCGCAACAUAAAACAAACAAUUAUCAACUAAGUACAUUAUUUUUUUUUCCUUUUUCAUAUUUUAAUUUUUUUUUUCAAUUUAUCAGAAUAUUAUUAUAAUAAUAAUAAAUAAUAAAUUUAAAAAAUAUUUCUCCCCAAU